CUUUGAUAAAUUUUAGUAAAAAAAUAUCUUUACUCUUAGUUAGGAGCAGGCUGAAAGUUACCGUGCCACUUUUCCAUAAAGAGGAAAGGAAGUCUCCUGAUCUCUUCCCAUCGAUAACGCAACGACCGUCGCCGCAGCCGGCAUUCCACAUCUCCGCCCCUCUCCCAAGAGAGAGAGAGAGGGGAGGAGUAGGAGGAGGCGGAUCCGACGCCGAUCUCCAGCGGCCUCGCCCCGAUAGGGCUCCUCAAGAUGCGAUCGUUGUCGCCCGACUCCGACCACGAGGAGGCGUGGCUCCACCGACAAGCGAUCCACCGCGUCCGCCGGCGCAGCGUCACCGACGAGGAACUAGACAAGCUGCGGGGAUGCAUCGACCUCGGUUUCAGCUUCGACGAAGUCGCGUUCGCCGACGUCGCUCGGGCGCAGAGGUUCUCGGAGACGCUCCCGGCGCUCGAUCUCUACUACGCCGUCCUCCGCCUCCACCUCGCCUGAAUCCGACGACACCGUUCCUGUGCCUUUCUCCUUCUUCUCUCUAGGUACCGAUUCCGGGACCACCAUCUCGAUUCCCCACUAAACUUCGAUUUUCAGAGGCGGAUGCUAAAGGAGCAGUAGGCGAUAGUUCUCCGCAUAAUAUUUCCAUGCGGGAAAUUCUCACACGUCGGAUCGAGGUGGUCUUAUUUGAACGGCCGUUCAGCCUGACUACCGACCAAAUCGGAGAACGAUAACGUGGAGAAUUAAAUGCGCGUGAAAAAAACUUUAUUAAAAUAUUUGGAAUGGAAUAAAAACAAUGUAAUUUACCUGAAGCUAAUAAUCAUAAAAAAAACAAAAUAAUAAUAAUAAUAAUAAUAAUAAUAAUAAUGAGAUUAAAAAAAAUGGAAAAAUGUAUGCGGUAAAAUGUUUUUCUCUGAUUUCUUGUGCUGUUUUUGCAAAAUGAAUAACAAAACAAAUUAGUGGAGUUUUUGUGACACGGCAGAGGCCGCUGAACUCGAACCCAAGUGGCUGCUUAAGCGGUGAACCCAAGUGGUGAGCCCAAGUGGUCGCUUCCCCCGUGCGCCAACGCCGCUGAACUCGAACCGCUCCAACUCAAGUGAAGUCACAUUGAUCAUAUGAAUUUAAAUUAUGAUAUUAAUUACCUCUACUCCAUCAAUUUUAUUUGCUAAGUCCAAGAUAUUAAGAAUUUAAAUGUAAUUGAUUUUAUUUGCUAGGUGCAUGAUAUGAGAGUUAUUUUUCAUCUGUUGGGUUUGAAUCAAUUAAAUCAAUUAAC